UCAUGAUUACAUGACCUGCUUCAUUUUGCUAUAUUUAAGAGGAUUCUGGCAGGUCACAUGGACAUACCAAAAGGAGACAAGCUUGUGCUGAGGGGUUUAAAGUUUCACGGAUACCAUGGGGUGAAGCAAGAAGAAAGGAAACUUGGUCAGAAGUUCCUGGUAGAUGUUGAUGCUUGGAUGGAUCUUCGAGCUGCUGGUGAAUCUGACUGCUUGUCGGAUACUCUAAGUUAUACUGAUAUAUACCGAAUAGUGAAAGAGGUUAUGGAGGGGCCACCUAAAAAUCUGCUAGAAUCUGUGGCUCAACUCAUUGCAUCUACAACCCUCACCAAGUAUCCCCAGGUAUCUGCUGUUCGUGUUCAAGUUGGGAAGCCUCAUGUGGCCGUCCAAGGGCCUGUUGACUACUUGGGCGUCGAGAUUAUUAGACACAGAGAUGUUGCUGUUCAAAACUGAGACUUAUUGCUUGUAUCACUUGCAAAUUUAAAUUUCUGUUGACUACUUGGGCGUCGAAAUUAUUUGUCAUUGAUGCUUAAUUUUAUAUGUUGUUAGUUCUGUCCUGUUA